GUUCUCCUGACGAGCUGCUGCUCCUCACACAACAAGAGGGGAGCUCCAUCGAUCCAGACGUGUUUGACUUCUUCUUCUCUCUCUCGAGAUACUCUGCAGAUUAUUCAAAUAUAGACUUCUGACAUGAGCGUCAUCUCUAAAGUACUCGCGCACAAACGUCAAGUUUAAUUGUUCUUUCCGUGAGAUUUGCAGACGUCGUGACAGACAGUUUGAAUCAUCUGUUGGAGAGAUUUUUCCUUGUUUCCCUCGAUCACAGAUGCCUGAGGACAUGGGGACAACCAGGCCUGGAGGAGUCAUCGCCUACAUUUCCUCCGGCUCCGCCUCCAGCCCGGAGUCCUUCAUGCUGAGCACCAGCCCCAGCAAAAGCUUCCUGACCACAUCGCAGUCGGUGUCCCGCCAGUCGCUGCCCAGCAGGGCCGUGGGCAUGGUGGUGGACAUCGCCCCGCCGGCCAAGCAGCGAGGCCACGGCGCGGAGAAGCCCGGGCGCUCCUCCACAUCAGCCAAGAGCAGCAUUACCAAAAUUAACGGCAUGGUGCUGCUGUGUAAGGUGUGUGCCGACGUGGCCUCGGGCUUCCACUAUGGCGUCCACGCCUGCGAGGGCUGCAAGGGCUUCUUCAGGAGAAGCAUCCAGCAGAACAUCCAGUACAAGAAGUGUCUUAAGAUGGAGAACUGCACCAUCAUGAGGAUCAACAGGAACCGCUGCCAGCAGUGUCGCUUCAAGAAGUGUCUGUCCGUCGGCAUGUCCAGAGAUGCUGUCCGAUUUGGCCGCAUCCCAAAGAGGGAAAAGCAGAGGAUGCUGCUGGAGAUGCAGAACGCCAUGAACAACAUGAUGAGCAACAACAGCCAGCUGCACAGCAUGCUGCAAGGCCACCAGAGCCCGCCGCUGCCCAUGGAGGCCAUGACCAGCGACGCCAGCUCCCCGCUAUCCUCUUCCUCCUCCUCGUCCUCCUCCGCUUCCGACUCCCCGUCGUGCUCCAACCCUUCCUCCCCGCGGUGCCCCCAGGACUCCGAGUCCGUAGUUUCCAUGGACAUAAACUCCAGCUCGGCCUCCUCCUGCGCGUCGGACAGCGGCGAGGACGAGGCCGCGACGGCGAGCAGGCAGCACCGCGAAUCCUUCGCCUACAGCCAACAGGGCCAGGCCUCGCCCUCGUCCGGGACGAGCUGCUGGAACAACAAUGUGGUUGUAGGAGGUUACCAGCACGGCUCUUACAGUAACGGCCAGCACGUCGCCAACACCGCUUACAGGGAGGAGAGGGGAGUUCACCAGCAGCAGCACCAGCAGCACCAGCAGCACCAGCAGCAGCACCAGCAGCAGCAGCACCAGCAGCACCAGCAGCAGCUCCUCAACGGCACCCCUAGCUGUAAUCCAUCAGAAGAUGGCCAAAGACAGCAUGGCGUGAACACACACACUGCCUCAAGUGGUUAUAAUGGACCAACCAGCUGCGUGAACAGCAGAGCGCACUUGGUCUGUCCCAUGAACUCAUCACCCUACGUGGACCCCCGCAAGCCGAGCCAGGAGGUCUGGGAGGAGUUCUCCAUGAGCUUCACCCCGGCCGUGCGGGACGUGGUCGACUUCGCCAAGAGGAUCCCGGGCUUCCGCGACCUCCCCGAGCACGACCAGGUCGGCCUGCUGAAGGCCGGAACCUUUGAGGUGCUGAUGGUCAGAUUCGCCUCUCUGUUCAACGUGGUCGAGCGCACGGUGACCUUCUUGAGCGGCAAGCGCUACGGCCUCGACACGCUGCGGUCGCUGGGCGCCGGCGAGCUGCUCAACUCCAUGUGCGAGUUCAGCGAGAAGCUGUCGACGCUGCGGCUCGACCCGGACGAAAUGAGCCUCUUCACGGCCGUGGUGCUCGUCUCAGCCGAUCGCUCAGGGAUCCAGGACCUGAGCUCAGUGGAGGCCCUGCAGGACAAACUGAUCCGGGGUCUGAGAAACCUGGUGAUGCAGAACCACGGCGAGGAGUCGGCCACCACCUUCACCAAGCUGCUGCUCAAGCUUCCCGAGCUGCGUUCACUCAACAACAUGCACUCGGAGGAGCUGCUCUCCUUCACGGUGCACCCGUAAAAAAAAAAAAAUUAAAAAAAGCUUCCUCCACCUUAUCCACACACCUCCACCACGACCUGCCUCUGACUGCGCCCUCGCCCUCCUCCGCACCCGACCAACCCAGUUGCGCGUUUGUUUCUAGAAUGUAUUCAAAGUUAUUUUUUAUUCUAUUUUUGUUGAGCAGACCCGAAGAGAGAAGAAUAUAAAGACUUACUGUAUUUAUAGAAGAGCAUGUGGCACGCAAACAAAAGUGUCGGCGCUUUUUAUAUUUUACGAGAGAACGAAGAGCACCCG